GUCCAAGUUACUGAUACAAACAGAAGACUCCAAGAAGCUGGGAAAGAGGUGCUAGCUCAGACAGAGGAAGUCAUCCAGAGUAGACUCCAGCAGAGGAAUAUUACGACCGUGGUCGAAAAACUUCAGUUGUGCCUUCCAGUAUUGGAGAUGUACAGCAAAUUGAAAGAGCAGAUGAAUGUCAGAAGAUAUUAUUCUGCUCUAAAAACAAUGGAACAGCUAGAAAACAUAUAUUUCCCUAGAGUUAGUCAAUAUCGGUUUUGCCAAAUCAUGAUUGGGAACCUUCCAAAGCUUCGCGAGGAAAUUAAAGGGAUUUCCAUGUCAGAUCUGAAGGACUUCCUGGAGAGCAUCCGGAAACAUUCAGAUAAAAUUGGUGAAAUGGCAAUGAAGCAGGUAAACAUCCUGAAAUGCUCAAUUUUAAAAUAUUAUUCAGUAAAGCCGGACUACAACAAUCACAUUUAGAUUUUGUUCCUAGUCUCAGGGGAACUUUCUCUGAUAGCAUCCUUACUAACAUUAUGAAUACAGGUUCACCGACAAAAGGGCGCCCGAUAAAAGCGCGCCUGACUAAACCGCGGUG